UUAUUUCACGUCGAAAUGCCGGUCGCCGACAGCGAAUACGACGGCGGGCAUAUGAUCGCCAAUAAUCACUAUCUACGCGACUAUCAUAGGUCGACGGAGCAGCAGAUUCAGCAGCAGAACGUCGUAGUCGUAUCCGCAAACUCCUUGCCACCCGCUGCAACAGGACCGGAAGUGCAUCAGGCCUUGCACUCCAUGGCGCCGCCGGCACUGCAACAGCAGCAUCGCCAGCAGAGGAAUCUUCAGCAGCAACGCCGUCAACAGCAGCCAAUCGUCCGCGAUGCAGAGUUCAUCGCUGUGUCGUCUCGGAAGAACAGGAAGUUCCAAGAUCUGUGGCGAGGCAGAACCGUCCUAGAAAAAUGGAUAAUUUUUUUCGCCACCGUGUUGUGCUGUGUUUUUUUGAUGCUGACGAUCAUGAAAAUUAAAGGCAGUGGUAUAUUUGGUGUUAGGAACAUAACGUGUACAAGUGAUGAAUGUGUAUUAUCAGCUAGUAGUAUAAGGAGAUCCAUUGAUGUGGCCGCUGAACCUUGCGAUAAUUUUUACGAAUUCGCGUGUGGAAAAUACUACCGCCGAAUGGACUUUGAUAAAUACGACAAUUGGUUUAUGGAUAAAACAACGAAAAUUUCUGAGGAAAUUACAGAUAUUUUAGAAAAAAAGGAUAAUAAAGGCGAUUUGCAGUCCGUAAAACAAGGGAGACGUUUAUAUAAGGCGUGUUUGAAUACAGAUAAACUAAACACUUUGCAAUAUGAUACGGUGUUCAAGUUCCUGAAUAAGGUUGGAAUUCCGAAAAAUAUACCUGGUUUAAUGAUCAGUUACUACAACGAGCCUAAGUUCAACGUGGCAAAGUCCUUGGCGCUAAUCCAGCGGUACCUUGGAAUGGAUAUUAUAAUGCAGAUAAUCAUGGAUGUGAACCCAAAAACCAACCUAUCAGUUAUAUCUGUAGGGCCCGUGUCGAGUUAUGUAUCGACAUUGCCAGAACCGCUGUACGACUUCCAUCGUCCUACCAAAAUUGGUCGUAAGCAACCAUUUGACAUUCACGAAAUCUCAAAAGAUGACGGUUUCAACAAAAGAUUAGCGAUUGCUAAAGUCCAAUACAUGAUUAAGAUCAUCUUGUAUUUGUUUCCCGAAGAAGAUUUCAACAACGAUUUGAUGGCCGAAUUUUGUUUAAAUAUCUUCUCUUUUGAAUUGGAUUUAUUAAAGAAAGACGUAGACUACGAAAAAAAAGGAGAAGAAUUCACAACAUAUGGCCUAAGGAAUUACAUGUAUUCGGGUGUGCCAGACCCAUCAAUUGAAACUUUGUUUGACUGGCAAACGUAUAUUAGUUAUAUUACCACGGGAACAAAUGUCAAAUGGUCGAUGAGUGAUAUAAUAUUAGUCCGAAAUCCGGAAUAUUUUUUGGAACUCCGAGAGAAGUUAUUAAACGCUUCUGAAGAAAAAAUUCAACAAUUGCUUUGGUGGAAAGUUGUGGAAGCUUUAGUUACUCACACUACUACCCAGAUGGUAGAAUUAAAAGAAGAAUUUAUGCAAACCAUAUUACCGUCAGCUAAAAGAUCGACCCGAAAGGAAUUUUGUACGUCAGUAGUCAAAUCCACCCUAAAAUUACCUCUAGCUUACGAGUUCUACGUCCGCCAUGACCUGAAAGAAACUACUGAGGAGAUCUUUGAGAUGAUUAAACAACUGCAAGACGUAUUUAAAGACAUGAUCAGUGAGUCCGAAUGGAUGGAUGAAGACACUAAAAGUAGGAUUUUAUUCAAGUUGGAUUCCAUAAGAAUUGGAGUCGGUUAUCCGGAAAUAUUCCAGACGCCAGAACUCGUGGAUAAAAAAUACGACUACGUCAAAACUCUAGAAAACGAGUACCUUCAAAGCCUUUUAAACAUCAGAGAAACAGAAAUCAAUUUGCUUCUGUCAGAGUUGGGCAAACCAGUCAAGUUUUCUUUGAGUAAGCAAUUCAUAAUGGACCCAUUGGAAGUUAACGCGUUUUACACUAGACUGGACAAUUCAAUUAACAUUCCAGCUGGGAUUUUACAGUUACCAUUUUACAACAAAGGAGUCGACGUCGUAAAUUACGGCGCCAUCGGUGCGAUCAUCGGACACGAAAUCACGCACGGAUUCGACAUCGAAGGUAAGAAUUACGAUUCCUAUGGCCAAAAGAUAUCGCAAUGGUCAUCAAACGCGGAGCGUGAGUAUUUGCGUCGGGCGAUGUGUUUCGUCGAUCAAUACAAUCAGUUCGAAUUAACCCCAAGUACUAGAUUAAACGGCACUCUCACUCUUGGAGAAAAUAUGGCCGACAAUGUGGGACUGAAACAGUCGUGGAAGGCGUACAAAUUGAAUAAAAUCGGUGAAGGCGUUCAUCUGCCGGGGCUCGCUGAAUACUCUAACGACCAACUGUUCUUCUUGUCCUACGCAAACGUGUGGUGCCGAAAGCCAUUCGAUGAAAACGAAGAACAAAUUCAGGAUUUCAUCGCCGAUGACCACAGUCCCAACACCGCCCGGGUGAUAGGUUCGUUAAGAAAUAGCCCUGAGUUCGCAGAAGCUUGGAAAUGUCCUGCUGGAAGUCGUAUGAACCCUUCCAAGAAAUGCUCCAUGUGGUGAAUACUCCAAAUAACGCCAUUGACACCCGCUGUCCGAGCCUUUGACGAUUAUUAUUACUAUUGUUUUUAUUUUAAUUUUCCAUGCGCUUUGUGUAAUAUAAUAUGAUAAUUAAGUUUUCAUUUUGUACAAUGAAAGUGAUAAAUAUACAUAUAUUAUGUCUAUUGUAUGUUUGUGUAACGUUCGCGUUUGUAAUAUACUGAAAAUUAUUUAAA